UAUGAUGGAGUCUGUUUUUCUCACCUUUCUUCUUGUUUCUUCCUUUGCGGUAACUUCAUCUCACUUUGGCAUCACAGACUGGGAUGAUGUUGUGGUGGUUAGAGAGGGCAUGUCUACCACCUUGAUCUGCACUGAUACAACAGUGAGGGGUGCCUUGUCCCUUAACUGGAUGGUGAAGUCACUUGGUACAGAUGAAUGGAAACUGGUUCUCUCAGCCAGCGAAAGGAAAAUGUUAUAUGGUGGUGCCUCAAAGGCAUCCAUGGAAUUGACUGACCCUAACUUUCAAGACACCGGGGUUUUCUCUCUGUUCUUUCUUCCCAAAAUGGAGGACAGUGGUCUCUACUCAUGUUCGAUAAAGCAACAAGAGAAGAAUCCAAAGCAGAGGAUUAUCCUCCUAGCUAUCCUUACAGUCACUGUUGUCCCUGCUGCACCCAUUCCUCAGUACAGCACCCUGCGGCUUAUUGCCAGUGUUAACCCUGACUUUGCCAUCACCAAGAUCACCUGGGUAGCACCUGGUGGCCUUUCAAUGAAGAGCGAGAAGAAGCUAAACACAGGCACAGUGGCAAAACUGCCACAGAUCCAGACCAGUGACAAUGGGGCCUAUGUCUGUAUGGUUCACCCUUGGGGUAACAGCAGCAACAGUCUUUUCGCCUUCAAUGUGGACGUGACUGUUGAUGCUGACAAAGUGGCUUCAUUCACCAAUGUAACACAUGGCCCUAUGAUCUCUACUGCCACUCAGGAUCAGACAUCGUUCACCCUGACCUGUCCUGUUGUCCAGGGGGACUAUGUCCUGUUGCACUGGCAACCUCCAGAGCCAAAGAGGCAGAUUAAGCCAUUGUACCAGUAUAACCGCUGGAGGGGCUCCACCUUGUUGACUGAGCAAAGCAAGAGACUCCAGCUUGCCGGCCCACCUUACAACGCAGAGGCCGGGAGCUUCUCCUUUCUACUCACCCCUGGGUUAAAAGAUGCCGGCCUCUACAUCUGUGACGUGUUCCUCAAUGACAACGCCUUCAGCCAGAGGACCAUGCUCACCGUGCUGAAAGUUAAAACCAGCCGUUCGUCCUCAAAGCUGGAGUUGCGGUGCUUGUACUCAGAGCUGUCCCAGGUCAAAAGUGCCAAUUGGAAAUACCAGAAUAAGAGUCGCCGGCUGCACUUGUUAAGCAAUGGGCCUGGCAGCAUCAGCACCAUUCUGCCCCUACCCAUCACCUCUGACACAGCCGGGAACUACACCUGCACCCUACAGCUGAAGAAUGGGCAGACCGUCUGGGCAACCCAAGCUGUCACAAUGCCCUAUGAAGGUGGGAGGAACGGCAUGGUCACUAAGACUGAGAGUGUCACUGUGACCACCCCCUCCCUGCUCCCUUCUCUCUCUGCUUUAUUACUCCUGGUGCCCCUGGUUGCUGCGGCUGUCGGUGUGUUGCUAUGGAGACAGAAACACAUUUCUGAUCGCGGUAUUGAGCAGUCUCUGUCUGUCCACUCGGGUGAAGCAGAGAACAUCUAUGAGAAUCCUGAGGAUAUAAGACAGGCUCCUCCCCUGGGCUCAGUCUACAUGGAUUUGAAGCCAAGAGAAGAGGAUGAUGUCUAUAAGGAACUGGAGCGAUACGAACAGUGUCAGAGCUGAUCACCUACCCACAUCUCAUCCUCAUCCAGCUGUCAUAUCCACUCAGUUCCCAGCUGCAGCAGAAGGACUCUAUAAACAAAAGUAACAACUGAAUGUCAGAGUUGGGAUGUGAAGAAAAACUUCAGUGCUUCGGGGAAAUGCAACUCAACAGUUAGAAUUUUUAUUUGCACUUACUCUUGAUAUGUACUUUAUUACUGAUGUGCUUUAAUGUCAUGCUUUGGUGCUGCACAUGGAGUAGAACAGGAUAUUUUUUCACAUAAGACUCAAAAUCAAAUGUGUGCAAGAUAAUGAUAUAUUCUGUUUUCACUGGUUUCCUUGAUACUUUCUUUAAUUUUCUCAUGCAUUUGGUAUUCUACAGUUCUCUUGUACUACUAUGGAUAUCUGUAUUUAAGUGUAGACAUUUCUAAAUAAAGAUAUCUGUAAUGUU